CUGCACAGUUGGAGGGUGAGCGUGUUCCUGCUGAUCUGAGCUCUGCAGCCACAGGUACCCACGUCUUCCUGAAGCGUCUCCAGGGUCCGGGUGACACUGUCCAUGGCUGCUGAUGUGACAACCCUGUGACAGAGAGGACCGGCCUCCAGGUGACCACCACCUGUGCGUCUCUGUGUCCACCCUGCUGGCCCUGUGGCCUCCUCCAUCUGCUCAGCUGAGGCCACAGGGAGAAGACACUAUGAACCCCACCCUCACAGCCCUGCUCUGCCUCGGGCUGAGUGUGGGCCUCAGGACCCCAGUGCAGGCAGGAACCCUGUUCAAGCCCACCCUCUGGGCUGAGCCAGGCCCUGUGAUCCCCUGGGGGAGCCCCGUGAACAUCUCCUGUCAGGGGACCCCAGGGGCACAGGAGUACCGUCUGGAGAAAGAGGGAAGCCCAUCGUCAUGGAAAAUACAGAAGCCACAGGAGCCCAGAGACAGGGCCAAGGUCUUUAUCACACACAUGACAGAGCACGAUGCAGGGAGAUAUCAAUGUCACUACCUCAGCUCCAAAAACUGGUCAGAGCGCAGUGACCCCCUGGAGCUGGUGGUGACAGGAUCCUCCAGAAAACCCAGCCUCUCAGCCCUGCCCAGCCCUGUCGUGACCUCAGGAGGGAACGUGACCCUCCAGUGUGGCUCAGGGCAGGGAUUUGACAGGUUCAUUCUGACUAAGGAAGGAGAUGACAGGCUCUCCUGGACCCUGGACUCACAGCUACAGCCCAGUGGGCGGUCCCAGGCCUUGUUCCCUGUGGGCCCCGUGACCCCCAGCCACAGGUGGAUGUUCAGAUGCUAUGGCUGCUACAGGGACAUACCCCAGGUGUGCUCACCACUUAGUGACCCCCUGGAGCUCCUGGUCCCAGGUGAGUCUGGGAAGCCCUCCCUCCUGACCCAGCAGGGCCCCAUCGUGGCCUCUGGACAAGGCCUGCCCUCCAGUGGUCGCUCUGAUGUCGGCUAUGACAGAUUCGCUCUGCACAAGGAGGUGGGAUGGGACCUCCCCCAGAGCCUUGUCCUGCAGCCCCAGGCUGGGCUCUCUCAGGCCCACUUCCCCCUGGACAUUACCAAUGGCUCCCACGGGGGCCGGUACAGAUGCUACGGUGGAUACAACCUCUCCUCUGAGUGGUCAGCCCCCAGUGACCCCCUGGACAUCCUGGUGGCAGGAGUCGUCCCCAAACCCUCCAUCUGGGCUGACCCAGGCCCCAUCGUCACCAACGGGGGCUCUGUGACCAUCUGGUGUCAGGGGUCUCUGCAGGCUAGUGCCUACGUUCUGUAUAAAGAGAGGGGCUCUGAGCCCGGGGAUACCAGGAUCCCACAGGACUCCAGCAACAAG